AUGGCUGGGCCAGAGCCUAUCCAAGACUCUAUCAAUGUUGAGCGGACGCCGACCAUCACGCCAAACACUCAAAAUGCCCCAGUUGAGGAUGAUCCAUCGAGCCCUACCAACGGAGGUCGAGCAUCCAGAUAUUUUACAAGACGGGGAAAACUUCGACCCUUUCGACUGCUCAAGGAAGAUGUCAUCAAUCUCAAGAGUCGAUACUUGUCAGAUUGGCAGGUCUUCAAUCAACAGGUGGUUGCAAGUGCAGUCUACAUCUUCUUUACAAACCUUCUUCCAGGCAUCACUUUCGCCAGUGAUCUAUACACGCUGACUGGCAAGUCGUGGGGGACCAUCGAGGUUGUGUUCAGCACUGGACUUUGCGGCCUCGUCUUCUCUCUUUUCUCAGGUCAACCUCUUACGAUUCUGGGCGUCACAGGUCCAUUCUCGGUGCUGGCUGAGAACAUUUACGAACUAUGCGAAACACACUUUCAUGUCGAGUUUCUACCAGUCAUGGCAUGGUCCCUCAUCCACGCUGGAUGGAUGCACUAUCUCCUUGCCAUCUUCAACGCCCAUGACUGGACCAUGCAAUAUGUCACCCAUUUCAGUGCCGAUAUCUUCUCACUUCUCAACAGUGUCAUCUACUUCCACAAGGCGGCCAUGGAGCUGAAGCGAACCCAUGCUCGAGUCUCCUUCGCUGCCUUUCUAUAUGCCGUUCUUGGAGCGGUGGGAACUUGUCUCCUAGCCAUUUUGCUGUCCACCGCAAACUCGUGGAAGCCCAUGUUCCAUCGGUACGUUCGACUUGGACUUACGGAAUAUGCUGCUGCUAUUUCCAUCAUUAUCUGGAUCGGAAUUCCAUAUAUCGGGGAACUGGCAUCACUGGAUCAUAUCCGACUCGAAGUCCAAACGAGCUUCCGACCUACGAACCCUGAUAGAACGACCUUCUUUGUUCGCUUCUGGGAGAUACCUAUCGAAUGGGUCUUCUUGUCCAUGAUUCCGGGCGCUAUCGUCACGGUCUUGUUUUACUUCGACCACGAAAUCAGCAGUAUUAUCUGCACCGUGGAACGAUACGGAACCAAGAAGCCAGGUGGAUAUGCUUGGGAUGUUGCUCUCUUGGGAACCACUACCAUUCUUUGUGGCAUUCUGGGUAUUCCUCCCGCAAACGGUCUGUUGCCUCAAGCACCCCUUCACUCAGAAUCCUUGAUGCAUUAUGUCAUUGAGAGUCCUCCCGCAGAAGAAUGGGAGCAGCCAGAUUCGCCUCGGCCCGUCGCAAGGACGUAUGAGCAGAGGUAUUCUCACUUCAUCCAAGCUUCUCUCAUUCUUAUCUUUGUAUCUCCCCCGCUACAAAAGCUGCUGGGUCUCACUCAGACGUCAGUGCUCGCUGGCCUGUUUCUCUUUAUGGGCUACCAGUCUCUAUCUGUCAACCCUAUUCUUGAGAGAGUUGUGAACCUACUCACUCCGCCAUCUGAUCUCCCUCCUCUGCCCGACAAUGUUAGCUGGUUCGGUAUUCACAUGUACACAAUCACACAGAUCAUUAUGACAGGCAUUGUUUUUGGGGUGACCCUGACAGUUGCGGCCCCUGCAUUCCCUCUGAUCAUCAUCGCUUUAGUUCCCGUCCGAUUAUCGCUCAUGAACCGCGUGUGGAGCCGUGAGACGUUGCGAUUAGUGGAUGGAUGGGCUUGUCGGGAGGGCAAACCGGAGGAUUCGGAUUCAGAGACGAUGCAGGAUUACCCCGCAGGAACUGCAAUCCAGUUCACUCUUCUCUCUAAUAUCAACUCUCUUAUUCUUAUUCAAAACAUUCGAGGGAAAUCUGCGCUUGUCACUGGCGGCGGCUCCGGUAUCAACUUGUGCUUUGUUCGUCUACUGCUAGGCAGUGGAUGUUCGGUCCUUAUAGCCGAUCUCAAAUUACGGCCCGAAGCUGAACAACUCCUGAGGCAAUAUCCGUUCCCCGGUGUUGACGGCAAAGCUGGGGUCUUGUUUCAAGAAACCAACGUUGCAUCUUGGUCACAGUUGACGGCUGCUUGGAAGACGGCCUUAAGAAAGUUCACAACUGUCGAUAUUGUCGUUCCAGGUGCUGGUCUGUUUGAGCCUCAAUGGUCUUCCUUCUGGGAACCACCUAGGACUGAGAGUAAUGAGGAUAGCGUUUCUCGAGAUGAUGCCAAUGCGGAACCUGGGCAUUAUGCAGUGUUGGAUGUGAACUUGGUAUCUCCCAUUCGGCUCAGUCAACUAGCUAUCGGGCAUUGGACAAAGACGAAACAGAAGGGAUGCCUUGUACAUGUUGGCAGUAUGGCAGGUUACUUAGCUGGCAUCGCAACACCCUUGUACUUUGCGAGCAAGCAUGGGUUGCAUGGGUUUGUGAGAGCAUUGGGAGGACUACGUGAUGAACUUGGUAUUCGAGUCGGCUGUGUUGCUCCCGGUGCAGUAGAGACUCCCUUGUGGCAUGAGGAUCCAACCAAAGCAGUCAUGCUAGACGAAGAUACAGCUCUCAUAGAUCCUCUAGAAGUGGCCCAAGGCAUGUGGCAACUUGUCGUCAACCCAGAGUAUGGUAAUGGCACCAUCCUCGAAGUGACCAAAGGGGAAACGAGAGUUGUGCCUCUCUUCAAUGCGCCAGUUCCCACUGGUGAAGGCAUUAUGGUACCCGGAUAUGAAGCUUCUAAGGACGCUUUGUAUGCAAAGCUCAAAAAUAAGGGCUUGGAUGUAUGA